ACCCAUGAGUCCUGAAUGGGGAUGGAAGAAUAACAAGAGCCCAGUUCUGUGAACUUAUUUUAUUUACUGCUGGGAAUAAUGCAGAGGCAUUAAGUUUACAGAGUAAUGGCAUUUAGACUGGAUCAGUACCACAGAGCCACUAAGAAUCCUGUUUCUGUUGAAGGCAUGAGGGAUAUCUUGGUCACCUAUGAGGUACUGAACAAUACAGCCACAGGCUUUGAUAGAUACAUGAUGUUCCACCACUGCUUGUGUGCCUGCUUUGUCUGACCACCUGUGGAUACCAGCAGCAAGUGGGUGGCUUCUGACGUGCUUUUUUAAAGGGCUUCAUCACUCUCAUGUUUCAUACAGAGAUUUCUCAAGUGAUAAAAGGCAAAUGCUCUGAACAGAACCAAAACAAACAAUGGCCUGUCUUACAAUGACAAAUACGGAAGGCACAGCAACUUCUACUGUCCACCAGAAUGGUGACAUUCGUGGGAAUACCAGUGCACCCAAGCAGACAGAACCAUUGCUUCAAGUGUACCUUUAUCAUUCUCCUGGGAAGACAGGAGGAGACUACCUUCAAUUUCCAGCUGGAGAAUAUGUUGCAGAGGAGAUUUGUGCUGUUGCCUGUAAAGCCUGUGGUAUCAUGCCAGUGUAUCAUAACAUGUUUGCACUCAUGAGUGAAACAGACAGAAUGUGGUAUCCCCCAAAUCACAUCUUUCAUGUAGAUGAAGCAACCAGACUCAUUCUGCUUUACCGGAUAAGGUUUUAUUUUCCCCACUGGUAUUGCAAUGGUACCAGCAGAGCAUAUCGGUAUGGCAUUCUUCGAGGUGCAGAAAGCCCUGUUCUUGAUGAUCUUGUCAUGUCUUACCUAUUUGCACAGUGGCGAGAUGAUUUUUUGGAUGGAUGGAUACAGAUGCCUGUUACUCAUGAAACACAAGAAGAAUGCCUUGGAAUGGCUGUUCUGGAUAUGAUGAGAGUGGCCAAAGAAAAGGACCAAACCCCACUGGCUGUUUACAAUUCAGUCAGCUACAAAAUGUUUUUGCCUAAAUGUGUGCGAGCAAAAAUCCAAGACUACCACAUUUUGACGAGAAAAAGAAUAAGGUACAGGUUCCGCAAAUUUAUACAACAGUUUGGCCAAUGCAAAGCUACUGCCAGAAACUUGAAACUUAAGUAUCUUAUAAAUCUGGAAACCCUUCAGUCUGCCUUCUAUUCAGAGGUUUUUGAAGUAAAAGAACCUGGUGGAGAUCCUUCUGGAGAGGGAAGUUUUGCAACCAUUGUAAUAACUGGAAAUGGUGGAAUUCAGUGCUCAAGAGGAAAACUUAAAGACUGUGAGGCACUGGCAGAGCAGGAUUUACAAACAUACUGUGAUUUUCCUGAUAUAAUUGAUGUCAGCAUUAAGCAAGCAAGCCAAGAAGGCUCCAGUGAGAGAAGAAUUGUCACCAUUCACAAACAAGACAGCAAGAAUCUGGAGGCUGAAUUUCAGUCAUUAAGAGAAGCUCUCUCCUUUGUAUCAUUAAUCGAUGGAUAUUACAGAUUAACUGCGGAUGCCCACCAUUAUCUCUGUAAAGAAGUAGCACCACCAUCAGUCCUUGAAAAUAUCCAAAGCAACUGCCAUGGACCUAUUUUCAUGGACUUUGCUAUCAGUAAACUGAAGAAAGCAGGUAAUCAGACUGGUUUCUACGUUCUUCGUUGCAGUCCUAAAGAUUUUAAAAAAUACUUCCUCACCUUUGCUAUUGAGCGUGAGAAUACCACUGAUUAUAAGCACUGCUUAAUUACAAAGAAUGAGAAUGGAGAAUAUAACCUUAGUGGAACCAAGAGAAGUUUUGGUAAUCUUAAGGAUCUGCUGACCUGUUACCAGACAGAAACCGUCCGUUCAGACAGCAUAAUUUUCCAGUUCAUCAAGUGCUGUCCUCCAAAACCAAAAGAUAAAUCAAAUCUCCUAGUCUUCAGAAGCAAUAGUGUUUCUGAUGUACCUUCAUCACCUACGCUACAGAGACACAAUAAUGUCAACCAGAUGGUCUUUCACAAAAUCCGGAAUGAGGAUUUAAUAUUUGAGGAGAGUCUUGGACAGGGCACGUUUACUAAGAUUUUCAAAGGUGUAAGGAAAGAAGUGGGAGACUAUGGCCAGCUCCAUCAAACUGAAGUUCUUUUAAAGGUGCUGGAUAAAGUGCAUAGAAACUACUCUGAGUCCUUCUUUGAGGCAGCAAGUAUGAUGAGCCAGCUUUCUUACAAACAUUUGGUGUUAAAUUAUGGAGUCUGCGUAUGUGGAGAGGAAAACAUCCUUGUGCAAGAAUAUGUAAAAUUUGGAUCCUUGGACACGUAUUUGAAAAAGAACAAAAAUGUUAUCAAUAUCUUGUGGAAGCUGGAAGUAGCCAAACAGUUGGCAUUAGCCAUGCAUUUUCUGGAGGAUAAAGGCCUUGUUCAUGGGAAUGUUUGUGCAAAAAACAUCUUGCUUAUCAGAGAGGAAGACAGGAAGUCUGGAAACCUUCCGUUUAUAAAACUAAGUGAUCCUGGCAUCAGUAUUACAGUUUUGCCAAGAGAUAUUCUUCUUGAGAGAAUACCAUGGGUUCCACCUGAAUGUAUUGAGAAUCCCAAACAAUUAAGUCUGGCCACAGACAAAUGGAGUUUUGGUACUACUUUGUGGGAAAUCUGCAGUGGAGGAGACAAACCUCUGAGUGCAUUGGAUUCUUCAAGAAAACUACAGUUUUAUGAAGAUAGGCACCAGCUUCCUGCCCCCAACUGGACAGAACUAGCAAACCUUAUAAACAACUGUAUGGAUUAUGAGCCAGAUUUCAGGCCUUCAUUUAGAGCAAUUAUACGCGACUUGAAUAGUUUGUUCACUCCAGAUUACGAGCUACUGACAGAAAGUGAUAUGUUGCCAAAUAUGAGAAUUGGAGCACUUGGAUUUUCUGGCGCUUUUGAAGAUCGUGACCCAACACAAUUUGAAGAAAGACAUCUUAAGUUUUUACAGCAACUUGGCAAGGGAAACUUUGGCAGUGUUGAGAUGUGCCGAUAUGACCCACUGCAGGAUAAUACUGGGGAGGUGGUGGCUGUGAAAAAGCUGCAACAUAGCACAGAAGAGCACCUUAGGGACUUUGAAAGAGAAAUCGAAAUACUUAAAUCUCUGCAGCAUGAUAACAUUGUUAAAUACAAAGGAGUAUGCUACAGCGCAGGUCGUAGGAAUCUAAGGUUAAUUAUGGAGUACUUACCAUAUGGAAGUUUACGAGAUUAUCUGCAGAAACACAAGGAAAGGCUGGACCACAAGAAGCUUUUGCUGUAUGCAUCUCAGAUAUGCAAGGGCAUGGAGUAUCUGGGUACAAAAAGAUACGUUCACCGGGAUUUAGCAACAAGAAAUAUCUUAGUGGAGAAUGAGAACAGAGUUAAAAUUGGAGAUUUUGGAUUGACAAAAGUCUUGCCACAAGACAAAGAAUACUACAAAGUAAAAGAACCUGGUGAAAGCCCUAUAUUUUGGUAUGCUCCAGAAUCUCUGACAGAAAGCAAAUUUUCUGUGGCCUCAGAUGUGUGGAGUUUUGGUGUGGUCUUGUAUGAACUCUUCACGUAUAUUGACAAGAGCAAAAGCCCACCAGCUGAAUUCAUGCGCAUGAUCGGCAAUGAUAAACAAGGGCAAAUGAUUGUAUUUCAUUUGAUAGAGCUUUUGAAGAGUAAUGGACGACUACCGAGACCAGAUGGAUGCCCUGAUGAGAUUUAUGCUAUCAUGAAAGAAUGCUGGAACAAUAAUGUUACCCAGCGCCCCACCUUUAGGGAUCUUGCUCAACGAGUGGAUCAUAUAAGGGACAACAUGGGUGGAUGAGAAAACUAUCCCUCCUUCAAAGGAUGUGUUGGAAUGCAGAACAAAAUGUACUUGGUCUGCUGUGUAUAAUUGAUGUAUGUACACAUGUGCAUCUUACCUUUGCUGGAAGUAAAAUCUGUGUGGCAAAUAUCCUAUCUCAAUCUGCAUACUGAGGAAUCCUGCUGGUUUUCUUUAUCGGGAUAUAUUUGUUACUAUAAGAAUGUGUUGAAAUUCUCAAUAGGGAGAGAAGUUAUUUUUCUAAAUAAAAUAGUCUAAUAUAUGGUCAGUCUACAACACCAUUAUUUGCCUUACUUGGCAAUACAAAAAAGAGAUGACUUAAAAUGUGGUGAGAUUAAGAGAUGAAAAGACAGUGUAUUUCCUUGUUGAAAUGGGGAUGCACAGAAAAGACUUCUAGAAGUCCUUUCACACUGAGUAUAUAGUGACUUGGCACCCUGUUUUGUGUGUUGCGCAAGGGCUUGUGUUUGUUAAUACAGUUUUAUAAUUUUUUCAUUGUUGAUGCAGAAAUGGCUUCUCCGUAUAACAAAAUAGAAGUGGUUAUGUAACCCAGAAACUUUUCAUGUGCCUGAAUCAGUUAUCAGCCAGCAAUAUAUGCAAAGAGAGAUAAUAGGCUGUGAUGUUCUGUAAGUAUUUUGAGGGAAAGGGAGCAAAUUGUUCUUAAUUUGGAGAGCCAGAAAACCUACUCAUCUAUGUGGAAAUUUUAAUUUAAAAUUAAAAGCAAACAUGUUAUCCAGUUUUUCUUACUCUUCCUCUGAGUAAGUAUUAGAUUCCCUUUAUAUAACUGAAGAUACAGUGAUAACGAGUAGAAAUGAAGCCAUUUUAUACAAGGCAGUGUCUUCAGUUUGUUUCUGAAUAUGAAAAAGCUGAACAUACUGAUUUUAAAUGCUGCUCUUAUUCUUUCCAUCUUUGUAAUUUUCAUGCAGUCAUAAGUGUAUCUGUAAAUUGGGAACUUUUUAAAGCAGAAUUAAGAAUCUAGAAAAUGCCCUCCAUUUCACAGUUCCUCACUUUCCUGUUAAGAUGGUCACCUUAUACCUUCCUUCCAAUACACAAAAAGAGUGCUUAUGGCCCAGUAUCUGAUAUGGCCAGUCACAACCACAUCGAGUCUAUUGUGUAAUGAAGUGGCCCAGGUUACCUCCUAUUUCUUUCUGUGGUAAUACCCAACAUAAGACUAUUUGGAAGGAAGAAUUACAAGUGCAACUGCUCCACACUCAGUGGGGGGCAAGGACAUGAUCCCAGUUACUGAGAACUGGAAGGAGAUCAGAACUACCUGAACAGAUUACUUAUGCUGUAAAAUUCAGCUUUUGAAAUAUGGACAAGACAACUCUUUGGUUUUGCCUCCAGGCAUAAAACUUGGGGAUAAUCUCAUAUCUCAAAGCAGUAAAGUUGCAGGUUUUGUUUAUUUUUAGUUCAAAUAAUCUAUUUGUUUGUUUGUUUUGUCUUAUUCUUAAGCAUUAUUGUUUGUGAAGUACAAUGCUUGUUCUUCUUGGACUUUUGCUGAGAGAAGUUCAAUUAAGGGGAUAUACAACUUGGCAAACUGACCUGACAUCCAGAUUUGUAUUUAAAAUGAAGUGUUAGUUUUUAAAAUUUGUGGCAGAGAGUCAGUGAAACAGAGGAGUUACUUUCACUAUGGGGCCUCCUUAAGAUUUGUGGUUAACUACAUCCAUCUUAUCAGAAGUUUAAGUACCUCAACUUUAAAAAAUAGAAAAAUCCUUACUUAGUGUAACAUAGUGCCAGUAUAGCAAUGUUUUGUACCACUGUGAUGUUUCUCUCCCAUACUUGCUCAUACAAAAUUAUUUUAUAAUAUGGGAGAUUGCUAAAUAGGGAGGGCAGCAUCAGCCCUCUUUCUGCCCAUUGCAUUUAAUAAUAUUUCUGCUGGUUUUCUUGCCACCAAGCACUUGCAUAGGUAGUUUUUAAAACUAAUUUCACAAUCAGUUUUUAAGCUGCAAAGAACUUCAAAGUGCUUUGUUCAACUUAACAUGUUUUCUCCAUUUCUAUACAUUGCUUUGAAGAUUUAAAAUUUUGUGCAAAAAAUGUCUUUGCAUUUGUAGUCUUGGUUGUGUAUACGUGGUUUUUGUAACAAAAGAAGAUAAAGCUUUAAAGCAUUGAAAUAGCAUUUUAGCUGAAUAACAUAUGCAGGAAUUAUGUAAAAUUCGCAGUGUAUGACACUCAGUAGCUAACUGGUUUCCAAUAUACAGUAGACUAAACAUAAUUUAUGUAAAAAUCUCAGGGAAGUUUGUGUAAUGCAAUGAAGAACUCUUCCGCUCUGCUAUUUUUUCAAGUGAAUAAAAAGUCUUUCUUGUUCUACUACACUAUGACUGAUUACAUAGUCUAUUUGAUUGCAUAAAUACAGUGUUGAACUCAAGGAUAAUUUUUAAGUGUCUUGUGGAAUUGUUUUCUUUAAUACUUUCUAAUUUUUAGAGAAAGCCAUAUCUUUACACUGCAGUAUAAUUUUGUGCUGUUGGUCAGGAACGUAUAGUCUUUUGUAACAAGUCUAUCUGUGCAAAGGGCUUGAUCAUUUGGGAUGAGUAUUCUUAGCUGGGUGAAUAGGACCAAGUAGUGCUUAGGACUGUUGAGGGAUGUGUGAUCAUCUGCAGCAUCAACAUUUAGGUCCUGGAGCAGACCCAAUGGUUUUCUCAAAAAGCUGUUGAGGAUGUAAAUGCAGUGAUUUUGCUGAAUUUUCUACUGCCAAUUGUAGUAACCUUUUUCAAGAACAAGGAACACUGCAUUUCAAAACAUUCAGAUUUAUAGUAGCAUUGUAUAAUGCUGUAUUUUUAUAUAGCCUUUGUAUUAACAGACUCAGUUCUCUGUUUUAGAAACUUUGUUCAGCUGGCAUUGCAUUUGUCAUACUUUAGUGUAAUCAUUAUGCUACCUAAAAUGCUGUGAUUUUUUUUUUUUCGUAGAAAAAGUGCUGGUUUAUGCAUACAUGACUGCUGCUACAAUGUAGAACUAAAAUAUUAACUACUGCUUUGCAGUUGUAUUUGAAGUGAAAGAAUUUUUCUGUAAGUGCACAAUAUAUCUUAUAGAACUCUGCAAACAAGUAUUGUCUAGUAUAAUAUUGGUCUGUUGUGUAUCAGUAUAAAUAUGUUAAGUUUCAAAAUCAGUUUUUAAAUAGAUUCCACAACCUUGCAACAGUCAUGCAGUAAGCCAGAGGAGGAAUGAGUUUUCAGGAAAAGAAACCCAUAUUCUUGUCAAGUCCUAUUAUUUAAUAAAAGCUUCCAUAGUUGAGAUAAUUGUUACUAAAUGUACAGAUGAAUAUAACUGUAAAAAGAUAUGUAAAAAUUAUUUUAAUUGGUUUCCAGAAAGUAAGUUUUUAAUUGUUGCAUUUAGUUGAGAUGUUGACCAACUGCCUUGAAAUGUAUGGGGAAAGAUGUUAUUGUAUAAAGUAAGAAGAAAUGUAACUCUUGUGUAAAGAAAGCAAGCUUUCCAGGAAUGUAUGAUCACAAACACCUGGAGGAUAGAGUUCUGAGAGCAGAAGUAGAAGCAUAGAACAACCACCAGACUGAUGGAAGAAGGCUGAUGUUCAAUACUGAAGAAGCUUUCUGAAAUGUGAAAUACAUAAUGAUUUAUGAAAAACUGAUGUCUACUGAAAAUACCACACCAAGACAAAUAUGUGCUAAUAUAUUUCUAAACUGUGUAUUGUCUGCCUUAAAUAUAAAAUACUCCCUGAGGCCUACCCUGACUGAAAAAUACAAGAAUUAUUACACCAGAAGAAACUGCUUAAGGUUGUGCCAUGCCAGAGAGCAGUUUUGAAAAGAUGUUUGGUUAAGAAGCUUUUUCUGAAUUUUGCUUUUUGAGUAAGAGGUUUACAAUACUUUAUAUUAAAGUAGAAAAAGUCCCUUUAGGGAGGAGGGAAAAAAAAAGACACCUCCUGCUUAUGGUUGGACUGCAAACGUUUGAAUGCAUGGUUUAUUGAAGAGAACAUGAAAGGGAUAUUUUUUAGAAAACUGUAUCAAUACCUGAAACUUCACUGUGCAUUUCGUUUGAGUUUGGAUAGUGAAAAUAAAAUAACUAAAUACAAUGAA